AUGGCUGGUCUAGCAGAAGUGAAUGAUGAGACGAGAAGAACUUACGUUGAGAACAUUCGAUACGCUUCUCAGCUGUUUGCUAAGAACGAUAUAAUAUGCCUGAUCGAACCUAUCAAUGAGAUCAGUAUACCGGGUUAUUUUCUUCAUUCAUAUCAACAAGCGUUGGAGAUUAUCAAAGAAAUUAAUGAAUCCAAUUUGAAGUUGAUGUUUGAUGUGUUUCAUGCACAGCAAAUAUGCGGUCAGUUAACGAAAUCGAUCGUCGAUUUGAAGUCGUUUAUUGGACACGUUCAAAUAGCGCAAGUGCCUGAACGUCACGAGCCGGAUUCAGCUGGAGAGAUAAAUUACGAGUACAUAUUCAAGAUAUUGAAAGAGAACGGUGAUUGGGAUAUUGGAUGUGAGUAUAUGGAACGCGGUGAAUCGAUGGAAUAUUUCGAGUGGAUGAAACGAUACGAGUUGAUUUAA